CCGCAAUGGUUGUCAAUUGAUCAUGGCUCUAAAUGGUAAAUUCCGCAGGCUUGGAGCUCUGCGGUACAUAACGUCACAAUGCAUUCCCGAGAUAUGGACCUCGCAUCGGGAUUUUCCUUCUCUUUCUAUACUUCACGUGAAGAUUUCAAGAAACACUCCCACCUAUCUCUCUGCAUCAGAUCGUGAACCCCAAUCGUGGCAGGUCAAGCCCCAAAGUCGAGGUCAUGGAGUGCUAGGUUGUUCGCUCCUUGUUUCUUCAUGCGGCCGCCCCGUCUACGACAGAGCAGCCACUAAGAAUGUUUCGGUAACAAAUCGGUUAUCGCCUGAUAGGCCGAUACCAAACCUUGGGUUUCCAUGCUUCGACUAUCUCUCCGUCUCCGUCUCUGUCUCAUACCUGCUGCUAAACUUAGGUAGAUCAAGUAAUUGAAAUCUCCGUUCAUCCAUUCAUCCAUCGCAAAUGCUCGGAAGCUGAGGUAAUAUCAUAUUCGUCACCAACAUACCAACACAUGUAAAGCACCUCUAGUGAGUGAGAUCCUAUGUGGUGUUGGUGCACAUAUACCUUCAGCUUCGACUUUGGUCUAGGUGUCAAGUAAGAGAUUUGCUAAAAUAGAGACCUCUCUCACCAAUCUUGGGCUAAGGGCAUGCCUUCUAAUUACUUGUUUCUUUCCAUCCGGGCGUACAGCUAGACUCAUAAAACUCUAUCGCAAUGGCCCCCCACAAUGUCCAGGACGAAGGCCCUGCCGACCUCGAAAACGAGCCUGCAGGGACCGAAGUCAGGCCCCCAACGCCACCCCCUCUAUCCGCCAAACCGCCGCGCAUCCUAAUCAUCGGCGCCGGUUCUCGGGGUCGCGUCUACGGCCGGUGCACCCUGCAAUCCAGCAACGGCGUCGUCACCACCGUCUGCGAGCCAGACGUUUAUAAACGGGAGGAGUACGUCCGCACCUUCAUCUCGUCCGACGCCAAGAACCCGCCGCCGGAGGGCUCGAGUUUUGCCGACUGGCGUGACUUUAUCGAGUGGGAGGUGCGGCGCCGCCAGCGCGAGGCCGCCGGAGAGCCGGUUCCCGAGGGUGUAGACGCUGCAUUCGUGUGCGUCCGCGAUGAGAUGCACCACGACGUCGUGGUUGCGCUCGCGCCAUUAGACCUGCAUAUCAUGUGCGAGAAGCCGCUCGCCACGACACUAGACGACUGCGUCGACAUGUACCGGGCCGUGGCGCCCUUACAACCCACCAAGGUAUUCUCGGUGGGCCACGUAAUGCGGUACUCGCCGCACAACAUGCUCCUGCGCAAGCUGCUCCUGGAAGACCGCGCCAUCGGCGACAUCCUGAGCAUCGUGCACACGGAACCCGUCGGGUUCUGGCACUUCGCGCACUCGUACGUGCGCGGGAACUGGCGCAAAGAAUCCACGACGGCGCCCUCGCUCCUGACUAAGAGCUGCCACGACAUCGACAUCAUCCUCUGGCUCCUUUGCUCGCCCGCGCACCCCGAGUCGGACGUGGCCCCGCACAUCCCUUCCGAAGUAUCCUCAACGGGCUCGUUGCAGUUCUUCAAGCGCAGCCGCAAACCCAAGGCCGCGGGCGCCGCGACCAACUGCCUGAGCUGCGCGGCCGAGCCCUCGUGCAUGUACUCGAGCCGGCGCGUGUACGAGAGCGCGCGGCACCAGGGGCUCGAGACGGGAAACAUCCGCUGGCCGAUGAGCGUCGUGCUGCCGGACAUCGAGAGCUUCGGCGACGACGUCGAGGCGGCGCGGUCGAAGCUGCUACAGAACUUAUCCGAGGACUACGACGCCUCGACGCCGCAGGAGGACAUCGACGCGCGGAACUGGUUCGGGCGGUGCGUGUUCGAGUCCGACAACGACGUGUGCGACGAGCAAACGGUGACGAUAAAGUGGGACGAGGAGCCGCUCGCCUCGGAGCAGAGCACGUACGCGGACUCGGUCGGCCACCGCGGCGCCAAGCAGGCGACCUUCCACAUGGUGGCGCAGACGAAGCGGCAGUGCCACCGCUUCACGUACGUGUAUGGGACGGCGGGCGAGAUCUACGCGGACUCGCGGACGAUCACGGUCGAGGACUUCCGGACGGGUGGCCAGGCGUCGUAUCACCCGAAGCUGGAGAGCCUGGGACACGGCGGCGGCGACCACGGCAUCACGCGCAACUUCGUGCUCGCCGUCGACCGCGUCAAGAACCACGGCUGGGCGGCCCCGCGCGCCCAGCGCGAGUUCAUCGGCUGCGGCCUCGAGGAGAUCAUCCGCAGCCAUGCGAUGGUGUUCGCGGCCGAGGAGGCGAGGAGGGAAAGGAAGUACGUCGAUUGGAAGGCUUGGUGGGAGGAGAAGGUCGGUGCGAUAUCGUGAUAUAGGUCGCGAGAUCGGCUUCCCCCCCCUUUUCUUGUUUGCUCUUAUUUGACCGUGGUUACUCUAUAAUAUCUAACUUUGUUGCAUGCAUGGUAUUACUGGUACGGGGAAGGCUGAGAGAAGCAUGUGGUAUUGUCACGUUCUUGUUUGCUCUGACAUUGUUGCUUGGCUCAUCAUGUGUUGAUGGUUGUAGACUGGGUGGCCAAAUUGUGGUAAGGAGGAUAUAUAGAAUAUAAUGAUUCGAUUCGCUACGUACGGAAAGCGCUUUAUCGUUCCGGGAUCAUAGCAACUCUAGUGGCUUGAAUCCUUAUAAUGCGAACUUGUCCUUCUAUACCUAAGUAGGACGGACGUGCAGUGUCUGAUGGUUAUGAUAGAAUUGCAGUUCUCAUCCAUGUCGAUCAAGAAAAUCGGCACACAUGUCAGAAAUGGCUAGACUUUUCAUCUCAAACUUUGUCUUUGGAAAUUUUCCGUUUUACGAU